CAUCCAUUUCCUCUCCCUGACAAAACUCGCACCUCUACAAAAAUCAUCAUUGUCUUGGUACAUAGUACAUAAAUUCAGAUGUUCAGUAUAUACCUAAAUGUAGGACGCUAACUCACACAGGUAAAUUGAUUCGAAGUUAAAGGGUUCUCAUUUUAAACUGUUAGUUUUCUGGGUCGGAAUCCUUUUGAAGGAUUAAUGGGUAAAGACAUUAAAAAUGACAUGGCAUCGAAAUAUACGGUGUAAUGAAAUGUUUUAAUGUUGUGAAUAUAGUUAGUUUUUGAUGAUUUUGUUUGUUUAUCUAGUUUUAUUAGGGAGAGGAAAUGGGGAGCAGAGAGGGGUUUUUAACGGAGGGGCAGAGGGAGAUGCUUAGAAUAGCUACGGAGAAUGCGGAGGUAAUUUCUACGUUAUCUUCGGCGACAUCGCCCAACGAUACGGGCCUGAGAUCUUCAAGUCGGACGUCAUUUGUGCUGUCCGAGCACCACCAUGUUAAGGCUCCGAAUGGUGGGCAGUCUGCUGCAGCGGGUGGCGUGGCUGUAAGACAUGUGCGCCGCUCACAUUCAGGGAAAUCUAUACGAGUUAAGAAGGAUGGUGCCGGCGGUAAAGGUACCUGGGGAAAACUACUUGAUACUGAUAGUGAAUCUUUUCUUGAUCAUAAUGAUCCCAACUAUGACAGUGGCGAGGAGCCAUAUGAGCUUGUGGGACCAACUGUCUCUGAUCCAUUGGAUGAAUACAAGAAUGCCGUGGUAUCCAUCAUAGAGGAAUACUUCAGCACUGGUGAUGUAGAAGUUGCUGCUGCUUGUCUUAAGGAACUAGGAUCAAGUGAGUAUCAUCCCUACUUUGUUAAACGCCUUGUGUCCAUGGCCAUGGACAGACAUGACAGAGAGAAGGAGAUGGCUUCAGUUCUGCUCUCAACUCUUUAUGCCAAUGUUAUCAACUCAACCCAGAUUCGUCAAGGGUUUUUCAUGCUUCUUGAAUCUGCUGAUGAUCUGUCUGUGGACAUAUUGGAUACCGUUGAUAUCCUUGCUUUAUUCAUUGCUCGAGCGGUGGUUGACGAUAUUCUACCUCCAUCUUUCAUCCCCAAGUCCCGAAAAAUGUUUCCAGAGACCUCCAAGGGAUUUGAGGUGCUGCAAACUUCGGAGAAAAGCUAUCUAUUGGCACCGCAUCAUGCAGAACUUGUCAAGAGGCGAUGGGGUGGUAGUACACAUCUUACCGUUGAAGAAUUGAAGAAAAAGAUAGCAGAGCUUUUAAGGGAAUAUGUAGAAAAUGGAGAUACGUCUGAAGCCUGUAGGUGUAUCAGACAGUUGGGUGUUCCAUUUUUUCAUCAUGAAGUUGUGAAAAGAGCAUUAGUUCUAACAAUGGAGAUAAGUACUGCAGAACCACUCAUCCGGAAGCUACUAAAGGAGGCAGCAGACGAGGGUCUGAUAAGUUCGAGUCAAAUGGUGAAAGGUUUUACUCGGUUAGCUGAGAGCCUUGAUGAUCUUGCCCUUGAUAUUCCUUCUGCAAAGACCUUGUUCCAAACCCUUGUUCCUCAGGCAAUAUCUGAGGGAUGGCUUGAUGCAUCUUACUUACAACCUUUGGGCGAGAAUGGAGAGAAACCCAACAAAAAUGAUGAGAAAUUAUUCCGUUACAAGGAAGAGGUUGUUACCAUUAUUCAUGAGUACUUCCUUUCUGAUGAUAUUCCUGAAUUGAUUCGGAGCUUGGAAGAUCUUGGGACACCCGAGCAUAAUCCAAUUUUUCUCAAGAAGCUGAUCAGUUUAGCCAUGGACAGGAAAAAUAGAGAGAAGGAGAUGGCAUCAGUUUUGCUUUCGGCACUUCACAUCGAGAUCUUCUCGACUGAAGACAUGGUCAGUGGCUUUGUUAUGCUUUUGGAAUCUGCGGAAGAUACUGCACUAGACAUUUUAGAUGCUUCAAAUGAACUCGCCUUUUUCCUGGCAGGGGCUGUUAUAGAUGAUGUCCUCGCUCCCUUGAAUUUUGAAGAGAUUGCAAGUAAGUUGCCAGCAAAUUGUAGCGGAAGUGAAACCGUGCAUAUGGCUCAAUCACUUAUAGCAGCGCGUCAUGGUGGGGAGAGGAUCUUGAGGUGUUGGGGCGGAGGUACAGGCUGGGCAGUGGAGGAUGCGAAGGACAAGAUUCAGAAGCUUCUAGAAGAGUACGAAAGUGGUGGCGUUGCCAGUGAAGCUUGUCAAUGCAUUCGUGAUCUGGGCAUGCCUUUCUUUAAUCACGAGGUGGUGAAGAAAGCUUUGGUUAUGGCAAUGGAGAAGAAAAACGACAGGAUGCUGGAUUUGCUCCAAGAGUGCUUCGGUGAGGGACUGAUAACUACCAAUCAGAUGACUGAAGGUCUCAACAGGAUCGAGGACGGGCUAGAUGAUCUGGCUCUUGACAUUCCAAAUGCUCAGGAUAAGUUCGAGUUUUAUGUGAACCAUGCUCGUGAAAGAGGCUGGCUCUUACCGGCAUUUGGUUCAUUUGCCACAGAUGUGGUGGCAAGCAUUACCGUGAGUUCUUGACAAAGGUUUGUUGGAUCAAAGGAUAAUUUUGAACGAUCAAAUUGGCAUUUCAAUAUAAAAUAUUGCCUUGUGGCUCUGAACUAGUUAUGCAGUGAAUUUGAACUAGUUGAGUUGCAUUAAAGGUUGUUGCCUUGUGGCCAACUCGAACGGACGGAUUGUACUCAAAUGGAUGAGAUUUCCCUCGGAUAUUCAUCUGGUCAAGUUCAUAAAAUUUGACCUUUUUAAAUUGCUAGAUUGACGACUCAACGAUAUCUUACCUCCAAACAGUGGUAGGUAGUGGCGAGCCCUACACUGGAAGCAUUUUUCUUUUAUUGACAAUAGAUUAAAGUUUUAGCUUAUAUUACUGAUAAUUCUUUCUUCUUUCAAAUUUCCCUUCUGGUCGAAAUGGUUAGGACUUAUACUUAUGUUUUGCAAGUCUCGGUUUCGAAUCUCUUCACAAUCAAUUAAAUGUGCAAAUU